UAUACUACCAAAAUAUCACAUUAUGCAACUGGCAACCAAGCUUAAGCACCCUGCCUUUCUUUCAAAUUUUGAUUCCUCACCAUUUCUCCAAACCUACCAAGAAAAUAUUCCAUCAAAAUGAUGCUUAUUAGAAGCACUUCCACCCCUAUUCUUGGCUCACUUCUAUCGUCGUGCUCGGAAUCUCCCAACCACGGCGGCAACCUCUCCGAGUUCAACUCUCCGAACCACAUAAACACCAAGUUAUCCUUCCACCAACCAUAUACAUCUCCUCUGAACCUUAUCCCCCCAUCAUCAUCACCAUUCUCCAAGUCCUCUCCUUCCAUUAAUGCCGAAUUCACACCCGAGGGCUCUCAUCAUAUUCAUGGCUCUCCAAUCAACACAAUCCGAAGAGCACAAUCAGAGGGAAACUUGGAAGGGUUAGCCUACAACAGUUUUGAUGAAUUCAACCAUUCUACCCCAACCAAGAAGUUUCCAAGGAAACCCCCCAGCUGCAAAGUUUUGCAAACCAUCCCUUCCUUCUCGAUGUCCAGAUCAAAUAGGCGGUAUGAAGAUGGCGAGGAGGAGGAGGAGGAAGAGGAAGAAAGUUAUGAAGAAGGCGUAGAAGAAAGAAGCGGGGAUUUAAGCUUAGAGAAAACCAUGGCAUUCAUGAACAAUUUAAGGUUACAAGAAAGGUACCUUAAUGUUCAAGAAGAAAGUGAAAAUGUGCCCUCAAAGAUGCACCUUGCACGGGGUCUUGGAGUGUUUACCGAUGGCGGUGGCUAUAACAUCGGAGGAGGCAAUGGUGGAACUGGACAAAAUAAACAUAAACCAGUAGGUUAUGGAGAUAAUGGAAGAGAUGGGGCUAGCAUGGCAGAAUACUACAAGAAGAUGGUUGAAGAUAAUCCUGGAAAUCCAUUGCUCUUGAGAAACUAUGCUGAGUUCCUGUAUAAGUCUAAGAAGGACCUCGAAAAGGCGGAGGAAUAUUACUCUCGAGCAAUACUAAUGGAUCCUGGAGAUGGUGAGAUCCUUUCACAGUACGCCCAGCUAAUUUGGGAGCUACAUGGUGAUGAUGAACGAGCAUUAAGCUACUUCCAAAGAGCUGUUCAGGUUUCCCCAGAAAACAGUCAUAUCAUGGCAGCAUAUGCUAAUUUUCUUUGGGAAACAGAAGAAGAUAAUAAUAAUGUAUGCACAAAACUACCAGCUCGUCAUCAGAACGCCAUUGUCGCUGCAAUGACAUAGGUUUUCAGAUACAUACAGCCGUAAAAUAUUUGUAAUAUUUCAAUUUUGUUGUGCAAGAGGCAGCCCUCUUUUUAUUUUUAUUACCGUCCUUCAACUAGUAACAAGUUGUAUGUUCAGACGAGAUUUAAGAUUCUCAGUACGAACAAUGGACUAUAACGUUAUACACUUAUAUAUAAUAUAUUCCGUGAAAAUAAAAGUUCAAUACUA